UUCCGCAUUUAAAAAUCUCAUAGAAUAACUAUCUGAAAUCCUGUGUUUAAAAACACAUCGACAAAGAACACAGAAGAGUUCACACUGAGGAGGAAAGGAAACCUUGUAAAUUUCAGACCAAUCAUAUCGAGGAAAUGCUACUACUGAGUCUGAUCAAACAUUGGUGACUCUAAAAAAUUGGUGAGUCUAAACAUUCAGUAUCUAAAGACUUCAGAUCAUUUGUCAUUAUUGAUGAAUCUGACAAAGAAGAUUAUAUCGUUUUUACUUUGCCUUAAAAAACAAUGUCUGGUAGUGUUCCCUCUACCUGUGCGCGCUCCCGCGAGGUGCGUGCAGUUCUCAGCGGGCAGGCGGAACUCAGCAUAACAGGAAGUAAGUGCACAAGUGGCAGUGAUCACACUCCAUACCAUCAUCCCCGUUUAGGCCAGGAGUCGGGGACGCGCAUCCAGCUGCCUGUGUGGUCUACGCUCGUUCACGAGCAUGCAAACACCUGACCAGGGACCACAGCCAGCUGAUCUGAUCUGAUCUGUGCUGAGAAAACCGACCUCCACUGCAGACCCCUCCUGUUGACUACAGGGCAGUGUUUCUUCUGAGCAGGAUGACGGAUGGAGACGUGUUUGCUUUUGAGGAUCAAACUGUGGCCGGGGGCCUUUUGCGGGACCACAGGCGGCUGACUCGGCUGUACUGCAUGAAUGGCGGACAUCACCUCCAGAUCCUCCCCGAUGGGACCGUGCAGGGCCAGAGGGAUGACAGGGACGUUCACACUGUUUUAAAGCUUAAAGCUGUGGAUCGAGGUGUUGUGAUCAUCCAAGGAGCAGAAGCUGGGCGAUAUUUGGCCAUGAAUAAUGAAGGGCGUUUGUAUAGUUCACCCACAGUAACUGAUGAGUGUUACUUCCUGGAGAAGUUGGAGGAGAAUCACUACAAUACAUAUCAGCCUCAGAAAUAUCAGGAGAGGAACUGGUAUGUAGCUCUGAAAAAGAACGGGAAACCUAAACUGGGUCCAAGAACCCACAUCGGACAGAAAGCCAUCUUCUUCCUUCCCCGCCAGCUGGAUGAAUCCAGGGAGUGAAGAUGCUCAUUUAUACACGUAUUUCAUCAUCAGUCGAAUAUCCACAGUCCUCGUUCUGAGAGAGACAUGCAUCUCAAAGUUUAACUAAAGCUAUAAUGAGGAUUCAGCAGACUAAAUUAGACAAAGUGGAUAUCUAUUUUACCUCAGACUGCUGAAACCUCAUAAUAGAUUUAGACGGAGUUUUGCAUGUUUUUGCACAGAGAUGACAGUGGAUUUCAUCCCCCAUCACUUCCACUUGCUUAAGGAAGGCGUCUUCAAAUGGACAAUAAUAAUAAUAAUAAUAAUAAUAAUAAUAAUAAUGCAUUUAA